UCACAUAUUUCCUCCCGAUUAGCUAUAAGGGUUGUAUAUAUAAUUCUCCUCUUUUUUUUUUUUCAAUUUAAGCUUUCUAGCCUUUGUACAUGAAAACCCUGGGUUUUCUUCUUCUUUUUCGUUUUCUCUCCUCCCAAACAGAAAGUUGAAGAGAAAGAAAAAUGGGGUUAUUAAGAGGUGUUAAAACAGUGUUUUUCUUGAUAGCAAUGGCGAUUUCUUUUCUUUUAUUUUCAGCACCAGUUUUUCUUGUUAUUGCUGAUACACUUUUGCCUUCUGCUUUAUUGUCAUCUUCUUUAUCACUCAAAACCCUAUCUACCCAUUUUAAUAACUAUAGUUUUCAAGAUUCACUUAUAGAUAUUCCCAUCAUAUCUAUAAUCAGAUCGGCUAUCAUAAUCUGUGUUUAUGGUUUUUGUGAUGGACCAAGGCUUUCAAGGGGACCUUACCUUGGGAUCACAGCGAUUUGUUCGGUUUCGUCUUUGGUUUUCGUUUCGUUGAAAGCUUCGUUCGUGUUCGGUUCGGGUGUUACUCAAAAAGGACAUGUUAUUACAUCCAUGGAAACUGCUCUUUUUGUUUGUUCAACGGUGAUGGGGGUUGCUCAUAUAAUUGUGGCAUAUAGAACAAGUUGUAGAGAAAGAAGGAAACUAUUGGUUUACAAGAUUGACAUUGAAGCUGAUGUUGCCACAGAUUUCAGCUUGUAAGAGUGGGUUUUCAAGAUACGAGAAGAUUCUACAAGACGAAAGAGUGAAGCUUCAUUUGAAUUUACGAUGAUAUUAACUUCAACAAGCUUAAAAAUAACAAUCAAUGGUGAAACAUGCAGCCUAGAUACAAAAGUGAGAUUUAUCCAAAACAAGUACCAGUUGGAAAUCAUGAAUAGUAUAGAAGUUUAAAACCCAUAUAUACAAAUACACCAAAAUUGGUGUGGGUAUAUAUAUAGAUAUAUUGAAGCAUUCUUUCAUAAUUUUGAGUGUACAGUUUUAUAAUGAAAUUAAUGUUCAAAACAGAAACUGUCGAAAGCCCUUCUACGACCCUUUUUAUUGGGUGAGAAUAUAUAUUCAAUAUUUGAAAUUUCAAUGAGAUUUCAUAUUGUUGAAUUUUAGAAA